GGCACAAAAACAAAACACUAUCAACCUAACGCUAGCUAUAUAUAUAGCUGGAGUGGUGCUACACAUGGAGUCAACCAAAAGGAAAGGGUGGUCACUGGUCAGACGACAUUUUUUUUUCUAAAAUUACCUUGUAGUUCCAUAGCAACCAGCUUGGGGGCCCAAACCAACACCACUUCUUGUUAACACAUUCCUGCCACCAAGAUAUCAACACCAGAGACCGUCCAAAACCAAAGACUCAAAACCAGAAAGCCCUACUGCAGUACCAAUGCCAGCCACCAGAGGGCCCAAAAUCAAUUUAAAAUCAUCAGGUUCACACGAACAUGUACCUGUGCAUCAUGGCAAUCCAUCCAGAUAUUCUUAAGAUAUUUGACAGAAUACGUGAAUAUUUGCACUAAAAUGACCAUGCAGAUCCCUACCACUUCAACCACAUGCCAACACCCAUCUUCCACCUUAAAUUAACAACACGUUUACGUCCAGGACCAAAGCUAUUUUUAAAAAUACUGCUGCAGUACCAAGUUCAACCAACAGGAGGCCCACUGAAACCAUCCUACACCGUCACUAUUAUUGCCCAACCUACCAAACACCAUUGCAUGCAAUCCACCCUGUGGUUCAUGAGAUAUAUCCCUAUACAUCAUCCGUACCAAAACAGUACCCCGACCCUUGUCCUAGGACGUUAUAUCUUUAAUACAUAACCCCCUUUGUCCUCCGUAGUGGCUGUCCGCAUGCGCAAACAAACACUAGUAAUUUGUUUAAGUUGAUAACAGAACAUCUACCUGUUGUCUGCCGAGCAAAAAGCCAGUCAUCCGUUUUGCCUUCCUUAGGCAACUUGCCUGUUCAGACAGUCACCACUGCAGCCCGACCAUGACCGAUCUAACGAUGACAACGAAACCCCUGUCUGUCGUGGCGAAGUUGUGUUACGCUUUCGGGGGCGUUGGCGGUGAGAUCCUAUGGGUCGUGUUUGGGGCGUACACCAGCAUCUUUCUGGUGGAUGUGGCGCAGAUGCCACCCUUAUUUGCCACGUCCAUUAUUUUCGGCAGUAGGGUAGUGGACAUCUUAUGCAAUGUCGUCAUAGGCCCGUUGAUUGACAGGACGAAUACACGAUGGGGGAAGAUAAAACCAUGGAUUGCAAUAUCAACUCUGUUUAUGACUGUAACGAACGCGUUGAUGUGGUAUGUCCCGGAUGUUGGGACGGGAGGAAAGCUGGCCUGGUACAUCAUACUGUACACUGUGAUGGUGCUAGGUCGGUCGGGGUUUUCGAUUGCCUACACCGCAUUUUUGAUGUUUCUAAGCGAUAACAGCUCCGAGAGAGACUCAGCUAUCCUAUACAGGUCCAUUAUCAUUAUGGGAGGAAUGCUAGGGGGAGUGGCAAUGCACGGACAGAUCCUCGCUUCAUUCAGACGCUCCGAUCACGACUCCUGUGACAACAUGACUUACAGCGGUAACAGCAGCACCAACAGUUCUGUGGACGGAGUUUCUUUGGAGAUGACGCGAACCGGUUACAUGAUCUCUUCAGCAGCUGUGUGUGGUAUUCUGCUGUUGUGUUUGUCAGCAAUCGUCUUUGGCACGACAGAGAGAAAAGAUAUUUCAGCGACAUCCGGAGGAAAACGUGACCAGAACAUGUUCAAGACGACGAAGAUUGUGCUGACAUUUCGCCCCAACGUCUAUUUUCUUCUGGCAUAUUUCUUUAUCCAAAUACCUAUUGCUAUAGGACAUGGAGGCAUUGCCCUCUACGUACAGUACAGUCUGGAUCUGGAAGACCAGAUAGAGAACGUCCUCUUAUCUUUCAUGGUGGCAUCAGUGUUAGCCAUGCCUGUUAUUGGUUGGGUCGUGUCCAAACUUGGCAGGAAGACUUCCUACAUAUGCCUUAUGCUGCCGCCAUAG